AUGUUUCAGGGUAUGAUGCAACGAUCGCACGAAACGGACGCUGUUAAGUUGUAUCACCUGGAAAAGGGAGAUGCUGUGGGGUCUACACGGAAACUAGUCGAUGAAUGCACCGGUCACGUCGAAAACCUAGCCAAGCUCAACCAGCAACUAACCGGAAUGUCGCAGUUGAUUGUGGCAACGCAACAGACAGGUUUUGAUCAAUCAAUUAGCGCUUCUAGAAUACGAACACAUGACCGAAUUCGUAAAGCAGCAGUACGUGAUAUUGGAACGACCACUACCCUUUUGGCAACAUCCAACAUCCAGGUGGGUCGUGCAAAUCUUCGCAUGCACCAACAGCGAUACCAGAAACUGGCACUGCUGCUGACGGUGGUUUCCUGCCUCGGGCUGACCCUAUCUGCGGUGGACUAUUGCGAUCCGAUAACCUGCAGCAAUGGGCGGCCACACAUCGGGUGCAACGCGACGGACGACUUCGGCGAUGCCUGCCCGCCGGACACGGAAGUGAUUCCGAUGGACGACAAAAUGAAGGAACUGAUUAUGAAUCUGCACAACAGUUUGCGCAGCGAACUGGCCAACGGCUCCAUGGAGGGUUUCGAUUCGGCCGAACGGAUGGCCGUUUUGGAAUGGAACGACGAGCUGGCCAAGCUGGCCGAAUACAACACCCGCACCUGUCUGUACUCGCACGACGAAUGCCGGGCGACGGAGAAGUAUCGCUUCGCCGGACAGAACAUCGCCCGCAAGUCCAAACCGAACAACAUCACCGUCGAGGUGACGCGUGCCAUCACCGAUCUGACUAACAAAUGGUGGCAGGAGUACGUCGAUACCAACCAAACCGUAAUGGACUCCUACCGGAAGGUGGGCGAAGGAGUGCAUAUCGGACAUUUCGCGCUGAUGGCGAGCGAUCGGAUUACUCGAGUGGGCUGCGCCGCGACCAAGUACUUCAAUCCGGACAACAAACGUAACUACGUGUACUACGUCUGCAACUACUCGUUCACUAACGUGCUCGGAAAGCCGGUCUACCGGAAAGGCAAACCGUGCUCCAAGUGUGACAAUUGUAGCAAAAAAUACCCGGGACUGUGCGAGGGCAUUGGCGAUGCCAUCGACAAAGAGCUCUGA